AUGGCCACUCAACAGACAUACGAUGGGCUUCGCGCCUGGUACUUUGAAUACCUGGCCACAAUCCAGGCAUACAACUUUGAUGCGCUCGGCAAGUUUUUCAACGAUGAUUUCGUUAUGCAAGGCCAGAAAAUUGGCCGGGUCGGAUUCCAAAACACAUUGAAGACUCAAAUCCAGAGCUGGCCUCAACUUCGAUGGAUGCCGCGCAGGAUUGCAAUCGAUAUGGAACAGGGACCGAUGAUCUGUGGAUGGUUCGAUAUGUCCCACGAUGGGAAGAAUGGCGAGAUGGUGCACUUUCAGGAAGUUGCGUUCUACACAAUGCGAGAUGGGAAGAUGGCGGAUGUUGUGGUUAUGUUUCCAGGUCCGGUUCCAGAGGGAGAUCCUACGCCGCGAAGUGGACAGCAGGGAGAUGGUGUUUCGAAGUUGUAG